AUGUAUCUUGGAGGGACAUUGUCACCAAUACGGUUCCCUGUGGCACUCUCUCCCCAGGUCUCAACCAAAAAAAAGAAAAGAAAAAAUGCUGACAGUCGUCUGCUGAUCGCAAUCUCUCUCUCUUUCUCUCUCUCUCUCUCUCUCUCUCUCAUUCCUUUUUUAACUCCUCUAUUUUUCUUUCUUUCUUUCUGCCUUUCUUUUUAUCUAUCUAUCUAUCUAUCUAUCUAUCUAUCUAUCUAUCUAUCUAUCUAUCUAUUCUAUCUUUUAAAGUGCCUGAUUGACACUUCUGGCCCCUUCCUUCCUUUCUUUUUUCCUUCCUCUUUCUUUUAUUUUUCCUUUUUAUAUUUUACACAGUCUUCUUUUUUGAGUUUCUUUCUUUCUUUCUUUUUCUUUCUUUCUUUCUUUCUUUUCUUUCUUUUUACAUUUUCCACAGCCCCUUCCUUCCUUUCUUCCUUCCUUCCUACCUUUUUAUAUUUUACACAGUCCUCUUUCUUUCUUUCUUUCUUUUCUUUUUUUUCUUUCUUUCUUUCUUUCUUUUUUACAUUUUCCACAGCCCUUCCUUCCUUUCUUCCUUCCUUCCUACCUUUUAUAUUUUACACAGUCCUCUUUCUUUCUUUCUUUCUUUCUUUCUUUUUUCUUUACAUUUUCCACAGCCCCCUUCCUUCCUUCCUUCCUUUUAUAUUUUACACAGCCCUCUUUCUUUCCUUUCUUUCUUUUUACUUUUCUUUCUUUCUUUUCUUUCUUUUUUAUAUUUUACUUUCUUUCUUUCUUUCUUUUUUUUUAUUUAUUUAUUUUACAUUUUCCACAGCCCUUCCUUCCUUCCUUCCCUUUUUUAUAUUAUACACAGCCCUCUUUCCUUCUUUUUUUUUCUUUUUUUUUUUCUUUCUUUCUUUCUUUUUACAUUUUCCACAGCCCUUUCCUUCCUUUUUUAUAUUUUACACAGUCCUCUUUCUUUCUUUCUUUCUUUCUUUUUUCUUUCUUUCUUUCUUUCUUUCUUUUUCUUUCUUUUUUUUUUUACAUUUUCCACAGCCCUUCCUUCCUUUUCUUUUAUAUUUUACCUUCCUUCCUUUUCCUUUUAUAUUUUACACAGUCCUCUUUCUUUCUUUUAUACUUUUCUUUCUUUUUUUCUUUCUUUUUUCUUUCUUUUACUUUUUCCACAUUUCCCACAUAUUUUACACCUCUUUCUUUCCCUUUCUUUCCUUUUCUUUCUUUCUUUCCUUUUUCAUUUUCCUUUUAUAUUUUACAGCCCUCACAGUCCUUCUUUCUUUUUUCUUUCUUUCUUUCUUUUACAUUUCCACAGCCCCUUCCUUCCUUCCUUCCUUUUCCUACCUUUUAUAUUUUACACAGUCCAUCUUUCCUUUCUUUCUUUCUUUCUUUCUUUCUUUCUUUCUUUUUUUACUUUCUUUCUUUCUUUCUUUAUUUUUACAUUUUCCUUUCCACUUUCCCUUUUUCCUUCCUUCCUUUCCCUUCCUUCCUAUACACUUUUAUAUUUUUCUUUCUUUUUUUCUUUCUUUUUUUUUUCUUUCUUUCUUUUACAUUUUCCACAGCCCUUUCCUUCCUUUUAUAUUUUACACAGCCCUCUUUCUUUCUUUCUUUCUUUCUUUCUUUCUUUCUUUCUUUUUACAUUUUCUUUCCUUUCUUUUAUAUUUUACAUUUUUCUUUUCCUUCUUUCCUUUCUUUUCCUUUCUUUCUUUCUUUCUUUACAUUUUCCACAGUCCUUCCUUUCUUUUUUAUAUUUUACACAGUCCUUCUUUCUUUCUUUCUUUCUUUCUUUCUUUCUUUUUUACAUUUUCCACAGCCCUUCCUUCCUUCCUUCCUUUUAUAUUUUUUACACAGCCCUCUUUCCUUCUUUUUUUUUUUCUUUCUUUUUACAUUUUCUUUCUUUCUUUAUUUAUUUAUUUAUUUAUUUUACAUUUUCCACAGCCCCUUCCUUCCUUCCUUCCUUUAUAUUAUUUUACACAGCCCUCUUUCUUUCUUUUUUCUUUCUUUUUUCUUUCUUUCUUUCUUUUUUCUUUUACAUUUUCCACAGCCCUUUCCUUCCCUUUUAUAUUUUUACACAGCCUCUUUCUUUCUUUUCUUUCUUUCUUUCCUUUCCUUUCUUUCCUUUUCUUUCUUUCUUUUACAUUUUCCACAGCCCCUUCCUUCCUUCCUUCCUUUUAUAUUUUACACAGCCCUCUUUCUUUCUUUCUUUCUUUCCUUCUUUCUUUCUUUCUUUCUUUUACAUUUUCCACAGCCCCUUCCUUCCUUUCUUCCUUCCUUCCUACCUUUUAUAUUUUACACAGUCCUCUUUCUUUCUUUUUCUUUCUUUCUUUCUUUCUUUCUUUUUUACAUUUUCCACAGCCCUUCCUUCCUUCCUUCCUUUUUUAUAUUUUACACAGCCCUCUUUUCCUUCUUUCUUUCUUUUUUCUUUCUUUCUUUCCUUUUUUCUUUCUUUCUUUCUUUCUUUUUUCAUUUUUCCACAGCCCUUCCUUUCUUUCUUCCUUCCUUUUUUUCUUUUUUCUUUUUUACAUUUUCUUCCUUCCUUCCUUCCUUCCUUCCUUCCUUUUAUAUUUUACACAGUCCUCUUUCUUUCUUUCUUUCUUUCUUUCUUUCUUUCUUUCUUUCUUUCUUUCUUUCUUUUACAUUUUCCACAGCCCCUUCCUUCCUUUCUUCCUUCCUUCCUACCUUUUAUAUUUUACACAGUCCUCUUUCUUUCUUUCUUUCUUUCUUUCUUUCUUUCUUUCUUUCUUUUACAUUUUCCACAGCCCUUCCUUCCUUCCUUCCUUUUAUAUUUUACACAGCCCUCUUUCCUUCUUUCUUUCUUUCUUUCUUUCUUUAUUUAUUUAUUUAUUUAUUUAUUUUACAUUUUCAGCCCUUCCUUCCUUCUUCCUUCCCUUUUUACAUUUUCCACACCUUCCUUUUUAUAUUUUACACAGCCCUCUUUCUUUCUUUUUUCUUUUCUUUUUUCUUUCUUUCUUUCUUUUUACAUUUUCCACAGCCCUUCCUUCCUUCCUUCCUUUUAUAUUUUACACAGCCCUCUUUCUUUCUUUCUUUUUUCUUUUUUCCUUCUUUUACUUUCUUUUCCUUCUUUCUUUUACAUUUUCCACAGUCCCUUCCUUCCUUCCUUCCUUCCUUUUUCCUUCCUUCCUUCCUUUUAUAUUUUUUAUUUUAUACAGCCCUCUUUCUUUCUUUCUUUCUUUCCUUCUUUCUUUCUUUCUUUCUUUUACAUUUUCCACAGCCCCAAUCCUUCCUUUCUUCCUUCCUUCCUACCUUUUAUAUUUUACACAGUCCUCUUUCUUUUUUCUUUCUUUUCUUUUCUUUUUUACAUUUUCCAGCCCUCUUUUCUUUCCCCUUCCUUCCUUCCUUCCUUUUAUAUUUUACACAGCCCUCUUUCCUUCUUUUCUUUCUUUCUUUCUUUCUUUCCUUCUUUCUUUCUUUCUUUCUUUUACAUUUUUUUAUAUUUUACAGCCCUUCCUUUCCUUUUUUCUUCCUUCCUUCCUUUCUUUUAUUUUUUACACAGCCCUUCCUUCUUUCUUUCUUUUCUUUUUUAUUUCUUUCUUUCUUUCUUUCUUUCUUUCUUUUACAUUUUCCACAGCCCCUUCCUUCCUUCCUUCCUUUUAUAUUUUACACAGCCCUCUUUCCUUCUUUCUUUCUUUCUUUCUUUCUUUCUUUCUUUCUUUAUUUAUUUAUUUAUUUAUUUUACAUUUUCCACAGCCCCUUCCUUCCUUCCUUCCCUUUAUAUUAUACACAGCCCUCUUUCUUUCUUUUUUCUUUCUUUUUUUCUUUCUUUCUUUCUUUUACAUUUUCCACAGCCCUUUCCUUCCUUUUAUAUUUUACACAGCCCUCUUUCUUUCUUUCUUUCUUUCUUUCUUUCUUUCUUUACUUUGA